UGGUCCAAAAAAAAAAAAAGUGAAGGGUGGGACUGGGAGUGGAAGGUGGCGAACAAAUUUACUCAACUGUCAACUCUGCUCAAAUGAAUAACAAACUAAUAUCCCCUUUUCUCGCUGAAAGGAAAAUAAUCCUCGAGCCCUCAUCUUUCAGCCAAAAAAAAUAACUACAUAUAUAAGAGACCAAAAAUUAGAGGGAAGCAGAGAAAGAGAGAAUUCAGCAGAACAGAAUAGUAAUGGGGAAAGAGCGAUGUUGCAAGCCGAGGAGCAGAGCCAAAAUGUCACUUGAAGAGUACAUCCAAUUCUUCCAUUCCCGCAAUUACUUCAAUAUUCCUGUUCAACAUCUAAAUCAGAUCAUUAGCAUGCACGGUUACAAGAAAUUGCACAAGGUUCCUAAGUCGGUCCUAAUAGAUGCAGUGAGCACACUCACUUUAGUUAGUCCACCUCGCUCUACUCUCAACGACAUCAGUUCCUCACCGAUGGUAACCAUUACGCUGGACGAUGUUAUCACCGACCUCAACGAUCUAAAUUGGGAAGAGUGUUCCACCACCUCUGUUCAGACCAUGAGCUCCCUCGGCCACGGCAUCGUCACCUCCUCUCCCGCUUCUCCUCCUUCUCCUCAUCCUCAUCCUCAUCAUCCUUUUUCAGAUUCGAAUCAACAUCACACGAAUUGCUCCAACGGAAAAAAGCGGCAGAAAGCUGUGGCAAGGGAUCCGAAAUCCAAUGGUGGUCACAAGAGGGUGAGGCGACAGAAGAAGGCGCUGAUGAAGAGGAAAGCAAUCGCCAAAAUUUAUGGUGCUUCUCAUGAGUGUGGAGAAUGUCUAGCUUUGGAUUUAUUCUCAAUCGGAUCGCGUUGAUGAGAUGAGUACCUCCAUAAUAUGGUAACGUUCAGACCUUGCUUCUCAGCUUAAGUACCAAUGCUCAUUUGCUAAUGUAGUAGUAAUAGUUUGUGAAGGACUUUUCUGUCAUUCGAAUUUGUCAUAAAUUCGUUUUUCUUUCUUUUUUUUUUUUUUUUUGUCUGUAAUAUUGUUGGAUGGAUUGACUAUGGAUUAUAAAAGCAAAUUACUCCCUA